AUGAUCAUUUUAUCUGUGUUGGCUUUAGCGGUGAUGGCGGAAGGCUACCGUCUUGUAAACCAGUCUUCAUCGUCAGUGCGGAAUGACAUGUUUUCUUUGAUGUGCGAACAAAACGGCGUCAACGACAGUAUUCUUGAGAUCGCCAGUGCUAACCAUUUAGAAUGCACAGAAGUCAACUUCGGAAUGAAAACGUUUGAAAGAGAAUUUACGGAAGCUCAAUAUAAGGAUUCCUAUAACGAACUCUUUAAGAAGUAUUGUGCCAAGAUUCCACAGCUGAAAGUUUGUUAUCAGACACUAAUGGAUGCCGUAUCUCCUUGUGUAGGCAACGCGAGCGAACUGUUGAUAUCGACGACUAAAAAUAUUAUGAACCAAAUCUUAGACUUUCUGUGUGAAGAUGAUGGUGCUAUAAUGUCAAGAUUCAGCACUGAGGGUGGCCCACAAUGCUUACAGGGCAAGACCAAUGAGAUUAUUGCGUGUGCGGUAAAUUUUCUCAAAGCUACUACAUACAAGGAUAUAAAUAUGACUGCUUCAGAAGCUAGCAAUAAUCGCAUAUAUCAAGACAGUCUAUCUUGUGUUCUUCAAAAUCUGGAGACGUGUAAUAACUCGAUAUCGUCUAAGGUUUUUAAGAAAAUCGCAGACACAAUCCACCAAAGUGUAUCGAAACUAGUAUUAAAACUAUCCAAAAACUUUACCACUAAGCCAGUAUUGGAUCCACUCAAUGGCACACAGAAUGUUUCAGACAGGUCAGAUGAUGAUAUGAGUAACAAGCUUCAGAAUCUGUGCGAAAAGAAUGGAGUAUCCUUUAAGGAUGUCCAGGCCAUUGUUGUACAGUCUGUAGCAUGCAUGAAGGAUAGCUUUGGUAUUAAAAUGUUGGAUAGAGAUCUUGAAGAGGCCCAGAACAGUGAUUCCUAUGCUAAGAUUUUUAAGAGAUAUUGUCCCAAAGCUCCGCUACUGAAAACUUGUAUUCAUACACUAAUAUAUGGUGUGUCUCUUUGCUUUGGCGAUGACGCAGAAGAUUAUAGAACUACGACAAAGACUGCUUAUGAUGGUGCCAUAGACUACGCAUGCCAGCAUGAUGGUUUUAGAAUGGCAAAAUUCUUUGUGGAAGGUGGUCCGCAGUGCCUUAAAAACAUAAGUCAUGAUUUUAAGACAUGUGCAGAAAACUCCAAAAAAUCAUUUCUACAAGGACGGGAAAUUGCACUUUCAGUUACGCAAAUUCAUGAUAUGGCCAACCAGCUAAUGAACUGCAUUUUAAAAAGUGCAGCAUCAUGUGAACCUGCAGCCGUUAAGACACUUGUGUCUAUUGCCGAAAUUAUCCGAAACACUCAUUUCCACGAAACCAAGAAGAAACUUCCGGAAAAGACAACACGAAGCCUUAUCAAAGCAUCUGGAACUGUGGUCCUGGAUUUUAAUUUCGACAUUUUUGUUUAA